CACGUAUUUCUAUUCCCCGGUCUUUUUUGAGAGGAUAAUUUCCCGGUCUUCAAUUCGAUCCCAGCGCGCGCGCUCUCCAUGGUUUUUUCUCGAGAAGCCACCCGCCGCGACGUGCCGGAUCGUGGCGCUGGCGUCAACGACUUCACACUUCACAGCGCACCACGCCCGGCCCGCUCGGCCUCCUUAAUUAUCACUAGCCUUGCUGCCGCGACGUCGUCGAUCGUCGCUGGCCCGGCACUGUGGCGUGAGUUCAAAACCCCCAUCGCAGAGGCUACGCUCAUCAGCUCCCAUGACGCCGGAGCCAGCGGCGGAGCCGGCGCGGCGAUGGUGCAGCUUCUCGCUCGUGCGUCUCCUCCAGCGAGCGCUCGUCGCGGCGGUCAUCGUCGCUAUUGUCUACUGCCACGGGCCCGGGCUCUUCAUCUCCAGGCCUGCUUCGUCGUGGUCGUCCGGGGCCGUCGACGCCUUCUUCGGGUCGCCGCCACCGGCCGAGAAGAAGGCGCGGCCCGCGGUGGAAUCGGAGGUCGCCGGCAGGGACACGGCGACCACCACUUGCGCGACGGUGGAGAGGAUGGGGGAGGAGGACGCCGCCGGCCGGGGCUUGGCGGCCGAGGCGGCCAGCCUGCGGGUCCGCGAGCUCAUCCGGCGCCACUUCGAAAUCCACGGAGCUGCAAGAGUGCGGACACUUCCUCCACAUGAGUUCUGCAAACAAGGAUUUGUGCUGGGGAAAGCAUCUGAAGCUGGCUUUGGCAAUGAAAUGUACAGGAUCCUAACAGCAGCAGCGCUGAGUGUCAUGUUCAACCGAUCUCUGAUAAUUGAGCAAACCAGGGGACUAUAUCCUUUUGGACAGUAUGUUUCUUAUGCAAACCAUUUGUUUACUCUUGAAGAAAUCAAGCAUUUAUGGAGAAAACAUUGCUGUGCUACAAAAUAUGGUAGAGAUCUGAGUAUGAGAGUCGACAAUUUUGAACAUCCAUCAGAGACAAAUGUUCUAUGCAGUGACUGGAAUAGCUGGAAAGACCCUAUUAUCCGGUUUAGUGGCACGACAGAUUCAGUGGGCACCCAGUUUUUUCUGAAGAAUGUUCAUCCUGGGAUGAAGGCUGCCGCAUCAGCUCUUUUUGGAUCGCCAGAUUCAUUACAUGCCAGGCCUAAUACAUUUGGGGAACUUUUGCGAGCUAUAGUAUCUCCCUCCAGGACAGUCCAGGAAGCAGUUAACUGGGCUUUGAAAGGUGUCGAUCCAGAUAUUGCUUUGCACAUGCGCAUGAUGUCCAGUAGGCCAGUGGAAGCAAGACAAGCUGCAGCAAGUUGUAUAAAGAGAGCCAUACAGAUCUGCCAUAUUCAGGGUACUCCUCGGGUGGCAUUGGUAUCAGACACACCAUCAUUUGUCCAGGAUAUAAAGUCAGACAUCAGCGAGUUUGCUGAGGUAAUUUAUUUUGAUUAUGAGUUGUUUGUCAACAAGUCAAACUGGAUGUUUGGAAAUGAUACGCCUCUGGAUUUUCGUUUAAGAGACUGGGGGCCAGCUCCAAGGUGGGCAGCCAUUGUUGAUUUCUUUCUAGCAUCACGUGCCAGAUACGCAGUUAUCACUGGAGCACAUCCUCGUGUGGGGACAACCUAUGCACAACUUAUUGCAGCAUUGGCUGCAGCUAACACAUAUGACCUGAAGCCUUCAGGUGCAAACUUCACGUUCUUAAGCAGCAUACACAGUAGCCUGCUGGUCCAUGGGCUCUCGACGCAGGUUGGCCGGAGCCAUAUCUGGGACACAUAUGCCGGGCCUUUGAGCUGCGGGCACCAGCCGCACCAAUGCGCUGUGACCCCGCUCCUACCGCCUACGUGGUGGGACGGUACAUGGCAAAGCCCCAAUCCGAGGGAUGUCAAGAGAUUAUCGGAGUAUGGUGUUCAGUUAUCAAUCACGGGGGAGGUGGAUGAGAGCCAACUCCUGGCACAUUGCAGGUCGAGGGAAGAUCAUGUGGAUAGGUACAGUGUUCUUUCAUCAGACAUCAAGAAUUCAUGAUGAUGUCUCUUGUGGGUGCUAUGGUGGUAAUAGGUAAAGCUAUGUGUACUCCAUAUGGUGCCAUGUGUGGUAAAUUCUCUUAACUGUGAAUACAUCGCUAUACACGCCAGGCCUAUUGAGAGCAUUCGUGGCUAUAAGCUCAUGAAGUCUAGUUGUCUCUCUUUUUCAGGGAUACUGUACAUAAUUAACAAAAAGAAAAAAAGGGCAAGGGGUACCUAUAUUUUGUACACACAUCUUAUAUUGAUAGUUGAAACUUUGCUGCAACUAGCUCUUUCUGUAUAUUUCUGUUUGGCCGU